AAGUGUUCCAUGAUGUGCUACCUAUAAAGAUCCCUUACAACGCCUGGGAAACCAUAUUUUUGGAGUUUAACAAAAUUCAGUCGGAUGUCCCUUAGGACAACGUUACAAAGUAAACCUCCUUCGGGGAGGUGGCUAAGGAGAUCAUCAAAGAGGAGAGUUCUUUCGGUCAAUAUGAUCAGUCUUCCACUGGCAGAUUUUCGACACCUCACUCAUGUUGACUCGAAUGCAAACGGGGACAGCUUUGGAGACCUCUCUUUCCUGAAGCAGGGUCACAGGUUGCUGCGACAAAGCUCUCAGAGUGAGCAGAACCUGCUCCAGGCCUGCUUGCCCCCUCCAAAGCCUCCUCGUCUCAACCUUAAUGAAACAGAGCUGGGCCAGCACAGUGAUACCUGGGAGUACCAAUACCAGCCUUCAACUGAAAGACGCAAAAAAUCGAACUCUCUGCCACUUCUGGACACUGAAGACAUGGAAGAAGAAGCUUACAGUCUGCAUCAAGAAGACACUUCAAUCAGCAAAAGCCCUGGCUGGGGGAGCCUCAGCUCAGGCAGAGAUUCAACACAGACUGGACCUGAGGAAGUCUACCCAGAUGAAAUUGACACAACCUUUACUUUUGAUCUAGACCUGGGACCCUCUAUAUUGGAUGAUGUACUGCGGGUUAUGGACAAACUCCAUCAGGAAUAAUAAUAAAAAAAAAUAAAAAACUGUGAUGAGUUAUAUAUUAAUAGAAAAACUGAUGCAUGCACUUCCUGACCUUACUGGAAGAGUGGUGAGGACAUCUCUAAUGUAGCCCUUGUGGUUUAAAUUUCAACAUAAUCCAAAUAAUUAACAAACAUAUACAACAUAUAUUAAACUGAUGACUGAUAGAUUUAGGGUAUAGAAAUCAAUAUUUCUAUUCAUCCUGCACUGAUACUUACCAAUUGUGAUGUAUGUAUAUUGUUCCUUGAAAAGGAUAUUUUAAGUAUACCUUAUAUAUAACUGCUCUACUACUUAUCCAUCAACUGAGCACUAAUG